UAAGAACCUCGUCUUCUCAGAAGCUCGAGAUCGAGAGAGAGAGAGAAGCCAUGGCGGUGCGCGAUGAUCCGAGAUCUUCAGAGAAGAAGCAGAGCGAUGAUCUUCAGACCUUCAACGCCGAGAACCUCCAGAGCAACAUGAGGUCAAUCUACUACAGCCGGACCUUUUUAUCCAUUGUUGGUGGUGUGGUUUCUGGGAUCUUCGGGUUUACAGGUCUGAUGGGUUUUGUGUUCUACUUUGUGGUAAUGGCCCUAGCGUCUCUAGGGUUUGCGGCCAAGGCGAAGUUCUCUCCUUGUGCGUACUUUGAUUCUUGGAGCAGGAUUGUUGCUGAUGGGUUUCUGGGUGGACUCUUGUCCUUUGUGCUGUUCUGGACAUUUGCUUAUGAUUUGGUGCAUAUAUUCUAAGCAAGCUUCUCAGAGGGUGUUAAAACAUUGGAGUAGCUUAAUGAAGCACAAAAUCCACAGAGACACACAAUUGAAAUUCCUGCAAUGACGUUAUUAUUAUAUUCAUUUUGGUUUCUAAUUUAUAAUUUUACCAAAUUUGUCUAGAAAUAAUAGAUAUUAACUGGGCUAUUGUUCUACUUAAACCUUGAUCGCAGGAAAAUUUUGUUUGAUUUUUUUUGACAAUUUA